UAAAAGUAGUUUGCAAUUUGCAUGCAAGAAAGGUAGUACAACUUAUCCAUUAUGCGGAUGCUUUGCUUUUCACUUUGAAGCCCAGGCUCUAUUUCUUCUUCUUCUAUUAUCUUCAAUCUUCUUUAAUCUCCUCCAAUUUCUGCACCUUAAGCCCAAGAUGUCACAUUCAAGGGAUGAAAGGUCUCCUUCACCAAAUGGUUCUGCCUCACCUGCUAUCAGGCAUCAACGAUCAAGGUCGAGGACAAGGUCACCUCCUAGACGUAGUCGAUCUGGGAGUCCCGAAGAUGCAUCUAAUCCUGGAAACAAUUUGUAUGUGACUGGUUUAUCCACAAGGGUUACUAACAGUGAUCUGGAGAAGUUCUGUGGCAAAGAAGGGAAGGUCCUUGAAUGCUGUUUGGUUACUGAUCCUCGCACCAAAGAAUCCCGUGGCUUUGCCUUUGUGACUAUGGAAACUAGAGAAGGAGCUGAACGAUGUAUCAAGUAUCUGAAUCGCACUGUGCUUGAGGGCCGAUUGGUCACAGUGGAAAAGGCAAAACGAUCUCGUGGGAGAACACCGACUCCUGGUCGAUACCAGGGUCUGAGGAAAGAACGCGGAGGACCAGGAGGUCGAGGUCGUAGACGAUCUCGCAGUUUCUCACCCCGACGGCGUUAUGAUAGAGGUCAUUAUGGCAGAGAUCCUUAUCCUCGUGACAGGCGAGGGAGAUCACGAUCUCCCUAUGGAAGGAGACCGGAUGAUUAUCCUGACUCUUAUAGGAGGCGUAGGGAACGGUCCUUCUCAGCAGGCCGUGGUGGCUACCCAUGAGAAUACUGUAGAAGAUUCACAUGAUCAGACUUCACUUUCAAUGUUGUUGUGUUAUGUAACUUCGAGAUACCAACUCUUACUACAUGACUACACCUCACAUUGUGGUCCUGGAACUUGGUAAUGUUGUAUUGUUGUGUUAGGUUUUUCAAGAAUGAUCUGCUGACUAAACUCACUACUCAUGUAGUAUGUUCCCCUAUUUAGGAAUUAAACUUUGGCAUUAGCUAGUGACUUCAAUCAAUACUUGAACAAUAAGUUUCUGCUGGUGAUUUCAGUACAACUUUGCAUUCA